AUGACCCAGCUCAGUACAGCCAGCUCAGUACAACCCAGCCCAGUACGACACAACCCAGUACGACCCAGCCCAGUACCACCCAGCGCAGUACGACCCAGCCCAGUACGACCCAGCUCAGUACAAACCAGCUCUUACAACCUGGCUCAGUACGACCCAGGCCUGUACAAUGCAGCCCUGUACAACUCAGUCCAGUACAACCCAACCCAGUACGACCCAGCCCAGUAUGACACAGCCCAGUAUGACCCAGCUCAAACCCAACUUGGUACAACCCCGCUCAAUACAACCCAGCCCAACCUAGCACUGUACAACGCAGACCUAUACAACCCAGCCCAGUACAAAGCAGCCCUGUGCAACACAGCCUUCUACAACCUAGCCCAGUACAGCCCAGCCAAGUACAACCCAGCCCAGUACACCCCAACUCGGUACAACACUGAUCAAUACAACCCAGCCCAAAACAACCUAGCACUGUACAACAAAGCCCUAUACAACCCAGCCCAGUACAACCCAGCCCUGUACAACCCAGCACAGUGCAACCCAGCUCAAUACAACCCAGCCCUGUACAACACAGCCCAGUACAAUGCAGCCCAGUAA